AUGUCUUCCGUCGUAGCUAAGAGAUUUUUCAACUCUACAAGAACUGUCAAGUUCCAAACCAAAGGGUUCAAUUGGUUCCCAUUAAACAAGUACCCCCAAGUGUCCACUGUUGCUCAAAAGAAGUGGGCUCCUACUAAUGGGAACUCAUUCCGCUCGUUUGCUGAGUACAGGUUACAAGCGGUUAACCAAUCGCCACUAGCAGUUAGAACUAAAUCUACUUCUACAGCUCAACCCAAGACUAAAUCAGCCUGA